UGUUGCAUAAAUAAUUCAUCCGACACUUCUACCUUAAACAUCCAGCGAGCGAACUGACAACUGAUACUGACAAGGCGCGUAACCUGCUCUGGGUAUGCUAAAUUGUUUACUUUCAAGCGGUCUAUUAAAUGACUCAUUUUCUACGUGAAAUUCCAUCAAAUUAUAAGCUCCUGGCUGUCACGCCGCUUUGGUGCAGGGUGCACCUUCAAAAGGCAAAUAACAGCGUUCAAGAUGUGCUCUGUACACGAUUCGUUACGAACCGUUAUCUACGACGACCGUGUAGUGAUAAACGUGAGCGGCAUGAUAUUUGAAACGCGUCAGACGACGUUAUCACGUUUUCCAGACACGCUCCUGGGCAACGAAGAGAAGCGAAGCAAGUUCUACGUGCCGGAAUUUAAAGAGUACUUCUUCAACCGCAAUCGAUCGGCCUUUGAGGCUAUCCUUUAUUAUUACCAAUCCAGUGGUCGACUCAGGCGGCCGGCUGAAGUCCCGAUGUGUAUUUUCCAGCAAGAAAUUGAAUUUUUCGAACUGGGAAACGAAGUUUUGAGUGACAUUCGACUAAAGGAAGGGUAUCUAAGCAUAAAGGAAAACCCACGAGAACUUCCUGAAAAUAAACUUCAGCGCAAAAUCUGGCAACUCUUUGACCAGCCCGACACGUCAAUUGCGGCAUCGUGUUUAGCCGUAUUUUCUGUCAGCGUUAUCAUCGUGGCAAUCGCAGUCUCUAUCGCAGAAACUGUUCCCUCGAUAAGAGAAAAGAAAGCCGACUUCGCUAAUUUUGCAGACACCACAAAGGAGCCUACAUGGAGCGAAGACACCUGGUUUCUUCUAGAAUUAGCUUUCAACACUUGGUUUACAAUCGAAUAUUUAGUUCGGCUGUUCACUUCCCCGAACAAGUGCACUUUUUUUACGUCGAUUUUGAACUUUAUCGAUGUGGUAGCUAUCGCACCGUUCUACGUCUCGCUUCUCCUCACCAAGUCCGAAUCAAGCUCAGUGGCAGCGCUACGAAUAUUACGGAUCGUUCGUGUUUUUAGAAUCUUCAAGCUCUCUCGUUACUCUAGGAGCCUUCAGAUAAUUGGGUAUUGCGUGAUCGAGAGCUUCAGAGAGUUAGGGCUUUUAAUUCUGUGUCUAUUUUUUAGCGUAAUUGUUACAGCUAGCCUUUUGUAUUAUAUCGAAGUGGGAAGUGACGAAACGGAUUUCCAUAGUGUACCUGCAACGUUUUGGUUCUCAAUACAGACGAUUACAACCAUAGGUUAUGGGGACAUGGUCCCUCACAGCCCUUUGGCAAAACUAAUGUCGGCCGCUUGUGCAAUAUUUGGCGCGGUAACUCUCGCUCUUCCUGUUUUAACCUUUGUAUCGAAUUUCAAUACUCUUUAUUACAAGAACAUGCUGGAAAAGGACGAGGUUUGUGAAAAUCACGGGACAUCUGAGGCCGCAAGUGGAUUCGAUUCACUUUUGAACUCCAGUCAAGAUAUCCCUCAAAGACAUAAUUACUACAGAUAGUAGUAAUGGAAUUAACGCCGUCAAAAUAAGGGGGACUUUCAGGAAAUAAUGCAUUGAAUUUAUUAAAAGAAAUUUACGAUAAAAAAAGUACUUUAAUGUCGUUGAGGAGUAAUGCAUAAAUUAUAACGUUUAAACUUAUCUUUGCCAUCAGUGAUCGAUCGCGGAGUUGAACGGUUGCGAUUUUUUUUUUGUUCAUCUUUUGUUUCCAAUUGUAAAACCGUCCAUCAGGCUUACACAAAAAACUACAAAAGGAUUUGAAAUUGAUGUUCCGUUCGCGACCGCCCAGGGAAUUCCACUCUUGUGGUUUCAUUACUUUGGAAAUACGUACAUUAAUGGCGAGUCUACAGUAUGCAAAACAAUGUCUUGUUAUGGCAAAGCCCAGUGGGCUAUCAACCAGAACCCGAUAGAGAACAAAUUAAUUUUGGUUACUGGUUAAAGAAUCUGUCCAUCGAGAUUAAGGCAGGAUUUUUUUGUUUGUUUGUUUGGUUUUUUUUAACCCAAUCUUUAAUUUAAAGAGUCGUGCAAAUUUAUUUUCUUUGGGUACGUUUGAAAUGGCAAAUGACGAAUAAACGUAUUGGGGAUUAAUUAUACCACUAGCUACCAAGGGGUGAAUUUUUAACUGAACAUAGUAGUGUUCGAGGAGUCAAAAACUAAUAGAAAUUCUGGUCAAGGGAAAAAAAUAAAUUACUUUCGUCCAAAUCAAUUAGUUAAAUAGAGAAGCACGGUCUUCGUAUGUUCCAAACUUUUUUUUUUUCGAAUAAAUUUCAAAAUCAAAACUA